AUGCCUGUGGGCGAGUCUUCCGUCGAGUGUACUGGUUUGACCCCGAAUCGAGGUCCCCUAGCAUUGAGCUCCCGUCCGGGAAAAAGUGCUUCGUUUUCAACGCGAAAAGAGAUCAAGACGGAGAACUUGAACCUGUUCUAUGCUUCGUUGAUAGGUGAUUGGAACGUUGUCACGGGCAGGUACGGAAGGCGACUGAUGUGGAUGGAUGGGGAGGAGCUUUGCGAAUUCGAAAAACUUAUACCUCGUCUUGAAGAAUACUUCAAGUUGUGUUCACAGGGAAACCAGCCCAACCCGCAUCACGAGGACGACUAA